AUGAUCACUCUUUUGGAAGAGAUUGGUGCAAAUGAAACAGACGACUACCCAACAGAAAUGCACGCCUUUCUUGGCAUCAUCCAGGAAGAGCAAAAAAUAUACGAUUCUGUUUUUCAGGAAAUCAUUCGGCAAGUCAUGGUAAACAUGGUUGAACGAGGCGAAGUGAUUGCCGAGAUAAGAAAACGGUACGCCAACAUGUUUAUCAAAAUCCCUAAACAUAUCAAAAACAUGCAUACAGAGCUUGUUGCUCAACGCAAGCUCAAUCGAAGACUAUCUGAAGAGAUGCUACACUCCAAAGAAACGAUUGCAGAAUUGAUUCGCGAGUUGGAUUUUGUACGAAAACACGAUAGUGAAGUAUCAAAACAAGCUCAAGAGGCACAGGAAAAGUUGGUCUCCGUGUUGACACAGUCGGACGAUACGGACGAGAUUCUUGAAGAGUAUCAUCGGCUGUAUCGCAUGCAGCGUGAUCGUCUUGAAGAAUCUGUAAAGCUAUCGGAACAAGAGAAGCGAAUCUGGAUGGAUGCGGCAACAAGUCUAGCUGUACGAAUUGGUGAAGAACAUGGUGUGGGUGAUUUGGUUUUGCUACAAAAGCACGAGUAUUCAAGGCUCCGUUCCACCAGCCACAUGAUUAUUACCAUCAGCGAGACAAAUGAUGCUGAAUUAAGUGGAAUUGAAAAAAAGAUUGGAGAAUGGAGAGCCAAGUUGAUUAAACUGUCACAAUCAGUGAUUGAAGAAGAUCAUAGCAACAUGGAAAUCUUGGCCAAAAUGCAGCGGGAUAUGAAACUUGUUUUGAAAAAUUUAACCAGCAACGAGCCCAUGGAUGCCAUCGAAUCUGACCAUUCGCUCCUCAAAGCGUUUCACAUAUUUGAUAUCAAGACUUUGGGAGAUCAUUUGAUAAAGUGGGUAGAUCAAAUCACAGCUGUUGCCAUAAGAUUCACAAGCGAUCGAGAUUUAUCUGUGCAAGAAGAAAUCAAGUAUAUUCGCAAAAUGUCUGAACUUUGGAUUGAAUCAGGGCUUAAACUGUUACGUCGGAGUGAAAAGAGUACAAAUGGCAAGGAUUAUCUAUCCUUGAGUGAUGUCCUGAAAAAACUGGCAAUAGAUAUUGAAGAGUGGCUUACAAAGUUGGACCUUCGCGUUUCUGGAGAAGAUGGUAUAGCAUCUCAAGUCAUCAACUUGCAAAAUCAACUAGAAGACCGGCAAACUGCAUUCAGUGCUCGGGAUCUUGAUAAACCCCUUCCACAAUCCGAAAGAGCGCAGUUGAAAGAAUCGUUAACACAUUGGACUGAUCAAAUUGGGGCAUUAGUUAAUACGUUGUCAAACACUGCCGAAAAACAGCAACACAAAAUUCCAUUGCAUGUAGAAAACUGGAUUUCUAAACUGUUGGAUCAAAUGAAUACAGAUACGGAUGUGCGUAAUGAAGAAAAUACAAAAUUACACACCUCGAUGAUCAGCUGGAUGGUUCAUCUACUUAUUAAAGGCGGAAGGGAAAAGCCAUCUGAAACAUGGGAUCAUGAAUUCCAACAGUUAAACCAAGAGUUGAUUUCCUUUAACGCCAAUCUAAUGUGCGAUGCUGCGGACAUUGAGAUGAUAUCGGAUGAUAAACAGGAUCUGCGCAAGGUUGUGCAGUAA